AUGUCAGCACAAAGCAAGAGAAUAUCGCAUAACUGUUACCAGCAUUGGGAAGGCGCUAUAAGGAUUUCUUAGCAAUCCUGAGAUUUUAGCGAGAGGAGAGAGCAGGACGCACUUUACCUUUUCAGACAGAUGUCCUAAAAUGCUCACCGUACACUGCAGGAGGCAAAGGGCGUGACGCUUUCCGGGGUGACAGACCAGGAGCACGGGUUCGGUGUGGGUGCUACAAGAAAAGAAGCAGAACGUGAAAGGUGGGAAGUGGACGAGCCCCAGUGUAGGGCAGGGAGGAAGAGGAGGAUCAGAGUGAUAGUGGGGAGAGGAAGGUGUCAGCAAGUCAUCUCGGUGAGUCAGUGAGGGGAGCAGUCGCUGUACGUGUGCGUGUCUUCCCCCAUUUGUGGAAUUGUAAGAACAGCAGGAGCGUCUCCUACCCAGUAACCCACACAGACGGCUGGCGCAAUGGCUUACUAUCAACAGCAGAACCGUCCCCCAGGCAACACCAUGCCUGACCAGUCCUUUUUAUGGAACGUCUUCCAGAGAGUGGACAGAGACAGAAGUGGUGUUAUAUCUGACACAGAACUUCAGCAAGCCCUGUCAAAUGGAACAUGGACACCUUUUAAUCCGGCAACCGUGAAUUCUAUCAUAUCCAUGUUUGACAGGGACCACAAGGGCGGCGUGAACUUUAAUGAAUUUUCUGGCGUCUGGAAGUACAUAACAGACUGGCAGAACAUAUUCCGAACAUAUGACCGAGACAAUUCUGGGUUGAUCGAUAAAAAUGAACUAAAGCAAGCUCUGUCAGGUUAUCGUCUCUCAGAUCAAUUUUAUGAUGUACUCAUAAGAAAAUUCGAUAGGCAAAGGAGAGGGCAAGUUGCCUUUGAUGACUUCAUUCAGUGCUGCAUUGUCCUGCAGAGACUGACUGAUGUUUUCAGGAGGUAUGACACGGACCAAGAUGGCUGGAUACAAGUAUCUUACGAGCAAUAUCUUACAAUGAUCUUUAGUGUUGUAUGAUGCCAACAAUAACACUGACCCAUUCCAGUAAAGACUGGAGUUGCCAAUUUGUAUUACAGUACAACACUUUUCUGGUAUCAUCUGCUAUUACCAACCCCCCUCUACAUUUUUGGACAAUUCAAAACUGUAUAUAGGGAUGGCUUUACUUACUUUCUGAAACAUUAUAUUAUGCCAUAUUGUUAUUUACUGGACACUCAUUAUUAUAACUAGGGAUGUACCAAGUCCAUUAUAUUUGGGUUCAGCCGAACCCCGAAUCCUUUGUGAAAGAUUCGGCCGAAUACUGAACCAAAUCCUAAUUUUCAUAUGCAAAUAAGGAAAUUGAAGGGCUAAGUAGAAGUAUGCGCUUAUUUUUUUUUACUUCUGUGUUGACGUAACCAAAAGUCACUUGAUUAUAAGGAUUCGGUACAGGCAGACACUUGGAUUUGGAUGCAUCUGAAUCCUGCUGAAAAAGACAAAAUUUUCGCCGAAUCCCAAACUUAAUUCUGGAUUUGUGCGUCCCUGAUUUUAUAACAUGUUUUCUCAAUGUGCCAGGGAGCUCAGUAUACUUAGUUUUAUUAAGCUUUUUUUAACUGAAUGAAGUGCCAUACAGUAAAUCCUUAUGCUUAAUCUCAGCUAGGCUGGAUAUGAUUAUAUUACCCUUGUACUGAAAUUUGCACAAUAAUUUAGCUACCCUAAAAUGUAUAAAGUUUAACAGGAGCUAAACAAUAAAAACAGUUACAGAUAGCCAAUUGAAUUGUUUUGGGAAAAAUGUAUUUAUUUUUUUAAAUAUUUUUGGUAGGUCUUCCAAACAAGCUAAACCAGGUAUGUCCUAACAAUGGCUUACUUAGGAAAGCUGCAAUUGUACUUGGAGGUGUGUUUUAUGAUAAGCUUGCCUAAGCAAAGUUUCACACAUCUCUCAAUAUGGUUCAGUGGUUUGCUUUGGAAACAGGAACAUCUUUAUUGUUGUUUACAAACAAUAUGUGACAUAGUCCAAUACUUUUGAUUUUCUUUUAUUGGAACUGUCGAGACUGUCAUCAUUCGCUUUCAUUAUGUGGAAAAAAUGUAGUCUUCCAGAAUUUAGUACCAUGUAUUAAUGACAGCAUGGCUUUGUAAGAGAGCAGCUCCUCAGUAUAGUUAAUAUGAUCAUUUGUCCCUGUGAUAUUUUGCUUAAACAGAUGAAAGAGCUGCUACCUCCCCUAUUCCCCCCUCCCCUCACAAAAAUGCACCUUUCAUAUUGUUGUUUUUAGAUCAGUACACAAACCAGUAGUAUAAGAUUUUGCCAAUACUGAUAACCGGUUCCUAAGGUGGCCUUGUAAACUAGUAAUGUCUGUAGUGCCUAAAGUAUGUCACUGAUUGACUAGCUAGGAAAAUGACUCAAAAGGGCAUUUACUAAUGCAUCCACCAAAUGUUUUCUUUUAUGUUUAACUGGAAUAUAAACAUCUACUUUUCUUUUGCACUCUUUGUUUGUUCAUCUUCAGCAGUGGAAGAAUCAACCUGCAGUCAUUAGAUUGUCGCCAACUCAAACUACUUAGGGGAAAAAUAAGGGAACUUCAAUUUUCUUGAAAUAUCCUAGGGGCUAAAACUCACUGACGGGGCAUAAAAGCUCAUCCAAAGUAGUAGCUCAUGAGAUCCCAAUAACAGACUGCUUUUGCCCUUAUCAGUGUAGUGCAGGGUUUUCUGAUAGACAUGUAUGCAAGGCCAGAGAAGGGGUUCCACAUGUACUGUAUUUAGUGUAAAUAAACUACGAGAUGGAAUAGAAACAGUAGCAUAUGUGGAAUGCAGCUGUAUAUGAAACACAGCCAAUUGUUUUUUACCCUAAGGAGCAGAUUUAGGAUUGCUGAACAUAAAUCAGCCCCUUAGAGUAAAAUUUAUGCUUCAUAGGUACAAGUCUAAAAAAUUAAAAAGGUUCUAGUGGAAUGAUUUAUAAUCCACUGUAUCAAGAAAAAA